AUGAACUGGUUUGAAGAAGGAGAUGCUAACACUAAAUACUUCCAUAGCACCAUCAGAGGGAGAAGGAGAAGGCUGCAAAUUCUUAAAAUCAAAGACCAUAGAGGCCACCGGAUUGAGGGGGAUGCUAAUAUUGGCAAGGCAGCUGUCCAUCACUUUCAACAAUUCUUUAACAUCAAUCAUCACUACAAUGAUCUUGACAUCAUCAACUGUAUUCCUCAAUGUGUAACUGAUGCAGAUAAUGAAAGUCUCACUGCCAUUCCUGACACAGAGGAGGUUAGAGAUGCUGUCUUCAACAUGAGUCCUGACAGUGCAGCGGGGCCGGAUGGAUAUAAUGGAAAGUCCUUUCAAUCCUGUUGGGAUAUCAUUAAGGAGGAUAUCACGGAUUUUGUUCAAGCUGUUUUCAAUGGCAGGAGGCUCACUAAAUUUUUUUCUCAUACUUGUUUAGUUCUUAUUCCUAAAGUUGAAUCUACUAGUAAUUUCUCGGACUUGAGACCUAUUAGUUUGAGUAACUUUACAGCCAAGAUUAUCUCCAAGAUCCUUUUCAGAAGGCUGAAUCCUAUUCUUGGGAAGCUUAUAUCAGAAAAUCAAAGUGCUUUGUCAAAGGAGAUUGAUUAUUGA